CGCACCGCCAGAAUGGGAGCAGCAGCGUCCAAGGCCAAGAGUGCACGCCCGACAAAAGUCCCCGCCUUCGCACAGAAGCCCAUCGGCCACCAGGUCGGCCAAGCCCAAGGUCGCCCCGUCGAGCCGCUCCCCAAAGCCACAGACACCAAGAGCGAAGCCGUCGUGCGCGAUUCCCAGGACCCGGACCUCGCUCGCAACCUCGCCUCGCUCGGACAAGCUCUCGUCGCAGGCAAGGGCCAGCCCUCGCGCGCGUUCCGCACCGACAACCCCAUGCUCGGCAUCCUCGCCGAGCGGCAACGCGCCGACGAGGCGCUCGAGGCCUCGCCGUCGUCGCGCAUCGAGAACCACAUCUCGGCCGCGUCCCUGUUCAACCUGUUUGACGAGCGCAAGCAGUGCACGUCCCAGGGCGAGCUCGACGAGCUCGCGCGCGAGUACGGCAUGGACCCCAAGGUCAUCGAGCAGCUCGCGCGCCACAUCAACUCGCCGAGCGACAGCGAGAUCCCGCUCCCGUCGAGCGACCCCAACGAGCCGCCAAAGCGUCUCGCCAAGUGGGUCGACCCGCAGCUCCCCGAGCAGCCGCGGCUGCCCGCCUGAGCGCACACGCCAUAUGUGGCAAGCUGGACCACGUGCCCCAGCGUCGUACCUGUAGCCUUAUGCAACAAGCAUCGUUCGCCGUC